AUGCCUAUAGGGGCUGGGAUCUCUACUUGUGAAUUCCCUAAAUUUUUCACUUUCCGGGCAAGGUUUCAGUUUGAAGAAGACAAAAUUUAUCGUCAUUUAGAACCUGCUUUAGCUUUCCAACUGGAAAUCAACCGAUUGAGAAAUUUUGAUUUGGAGGCCAUUCCAACAGCCAAUCACAAAAUGCAUUUAUAUUUAGGAAAAGCUAAGGUUGCCAAAGGACAGGAAGUUACAGACUAUCGUUUCUUUGUCCGUUCAAUCAUUAGGCACUCGGAUCUUGUAACAAAGGAAGCUUCUUUUGAGUAUUUGCAAAAUGAAGGCGAGCGAACAUUACUGGAGGCCAUGGAUGCCUUGGAAAUUUCUCUCUUUUCCUUCUUUCUUUUCUUCUCUCUCUCUCUUUUUUCUUCUUCCUUUCUCUCUCUCUCUCUCUCUCUCUCUCUCUCUUCUCUCUCUCUCUCUUCCUCUCUCUCUCCUCUCUCUCUCUCUCUUCCCUCUCUCUCUCUCUCUCUCUCUCUUCCUCUCUCUCUCUCUCUCUCUUCCUCUCUCUCUCUCCUCUCUCUCUCUCUUCUCUUCUCUCUCUCUCUCUCUCUCUCUCUCUCUCUCUCUCUCUCCUCUCUCUCUCUCUUCCUCUCUCUCUCUCUCUCUCUCUCUCUCUCUUCCUCUCUCUCUUCUCUCUCUCUUCCUCUCUCUCUCUCUCUUCUCUCUCUUCUCUUCUCUAUCUCUUCUCUCUCUUCCUCUCUCUCUCUUCCUCUCUCUCUUCCUCUCUCUCUUUAUUUAUUUAAAGAAGGAAAAUGUACCCCAUACAUGACUAAAGAUCAUUUGCAAUUGAAGCGUUUUCAAGCUCAAUCAAAUGGAACAACAUAUGUCUAUGAUUUCCCUGAAAUGUUUAGACAGGCCUUGAUGAAGUUGUGGCAGGAACAUGUCUAUCAGUUAAAAGAACAGAACACUAGUAUCCCUUCAGAAGUAUUCAGUUACAUUGAAUUGUUACUUGACAGCCAUGGUCAGAUUUGUAUGCAAAACAGAUUACACGGAGAGAAUGAAGUUGGUAUGGUUGCUUGGAAAAUGACCCUGAAAACUCCAGAGUUCCCCAAUGGUAGAGACAUUAUUGUAAUAGCCAAUGAUAUCACUCACAAAAUAGGAUCAUUUGGUCCUCAGGAAGAUUUACUCUUUAAAGGGGCAUCUGAACUGGCCCGUCACUACAAAUUACCAAGGAUUUAUUUGGCAGCAAACAGUGGUGCCAGAAUUGGUUUGGCUGAAGAGAUAAAACAUCUUUUCAGAGUUGCCUGGGAAGAUGAUGCAGACCCCAAUAAGGGUUUCAAAUAUCUAUACUUGAGGCCAGAUGACUUUAAGAAAGUGAGUGCAGCAAAUGCUGUACGAGCAGAAUUGAUAGAAGACAAUGGAGAAGCACGUUAUAAAAUCACUGAUGUAAUUGGCAGAGAAGAUGGAAUUGGUGUAGAAAAUCUCCGAGGAUCUGGCAUGAUAGCUGGGGAAACAUCUCAAGCUUAUGAUGAAAUUGUCACAAUCAGUUUGGUUACCUGCCGUGCUAUAGGUAUUGGUGCCUAUUUAGUACGUCUUGGACAAAGAAUCAUUCAAGUGGAGAACUCCCAUAUUAUUCUGACGGGUGCUGGUGCACUUAAUAAAGUUUUGGGACGAGAGGUUUACACAAGUAAUAGUCAGUUGGGCGGUAUACAGAUUAUGCACAACAAUGGUGUAUCUCAUGAUGUGGCUACUGAUGAUUUUGAAGGUGUUUACAAAAUAUUGCAGUGGCUCUCCUAUAUGCCAAAGUAUCAUGGAGGACCACUUCCAAUUAUUCACCCUUCUGAUCCAGUUGAACGUCCCAUAGACUUUAUGCCUACCAAAGCCAGUUAUGAUCCAAGAUGGAUGUUAAAUGGACGGCCUGAUACAAUGAAGAAAGGUUCAUGGAUCAGUGGGUUUUUUGAUAAAGACUCUUUUAUGGAAAUCAUGCGUCCUUGGGCACAGACAGUAGUUUGUGGACGAGCCAGACUGGGUGGUAUUCCAGUAGGUGUUGUUUGUGUGGAAACUCGAACUGUUGAAGUCACCAUUCCUGCUGAUCCUGCAAAUUUGGAUUCUGAAUCAAAAAAUAUCCAACAAGCUGGUCAAGUAUGGUUCCCUGAUUCAGCCUACAAAACAGCUCAGACCAUAAAAGAUUUCAACCAAGAAGAAUUACCAUUAAUAAUCUUUGCCAAUUGGAGAGGAUUUUCUGGGGGCAUGAAAGACAUGUAUGACCAAGUGCUAAAGUUUGGCUCUUACAUUGUUGAUGCUCUUCGGGUGUACAAAAAGCCAGUGAUUAUAUACAUUCCUCCUUAUGCAGAGCUACGUGGGGGUGCUUGGGUUGUGCUUGAUCCCACUAUUAAUCCAACCCACAUUGAAAUGUUUGCUGAUGAACUUUCCAGGGGUGGUGUACUUGAACCUGAAGGAACUGUGGAAAUCAAAUUCCGGCGAAAAGACAUUGUUAAAGCAAUCCAUCGGAUUGACCCUGAAUGUGGCAAACUUGUAGAAAAGCUGAAUUUUCCUGAACUGAGCCGAGAUGAACGCAGUAACCUUGACAUGAAGUUGAGCAAUAGAGAAAAUGACUUGCACCCUAUCUACCACCAGGUGGCUGUUGAAUUUGCUGAUCUACAUGACACUGCUGGACGUAUGGCAGAAAAGGAAGUCAUUACAGAUAUUGUACAGUGGAGGACAAGCCGUGAAUAUUUCUACUGGCGUUUGCGUAGGAGACUCUUAGAGAGUCAGCUGAAAUCAAAAAUGCUGCAAUUUACUAAAGAUCUUCAUGAUGGCCAGUUGAAUUCAAUGCUGAGGCGAUGGUUUGUUGAGGACCAAUCUACAGUUAAUGCUUAUCUCUGGGAUAAUGACAAGGCAGUUGUGGAAUGGUUGAGAGACCAAAUGGAUGAUGAUGGCCUGCAUAAUGCGAUUGCUGAGAACAUCAAAUGUUUACAAAGAGACCAUGUCAUUCAACAAGUUAGAAACUUGUUUUACUUUUUUUUUUUUUUUUUUUUUUUUUUUGUUUCUCUCUCCCUCCUCCCCUCUUUCUCUCUCUCUCUCCUCCUCCCCCUGUUUCUCUCUCUCCCCUCCUCCCUGUUUCUCUCUCUCUCCUCCCUCCUGUUUCUCUCUCUCCCUCCUCCCCCGUUUUCUCUCUCUCCUCCUCCUCCCUGUUUCUCUCUCUCCUCCCCCUUUCUCCCUCUCUCUCUCCCCCCUGUUUCUCUCUCUCCCUCCCCGUUUCUCUCUCUCUCUCUCCUCCCCCGUUUCUCUCUCCCUCUCUCCCUCCCCGUUUCUCUCUCUCUCUCUCUCCCCUCUCUCUCUCUCUCCCUCCCCGUUUUUCUCUCUCUCUCUCCUCCCCGUUUCUCUCUCUCUCUCCUCCUCCCCGUUUCUCCUCUCUCCUCCCCCCCCAUUUUUCUCUCUCCCUCCCCUAUUUCCUCCUCCCUCCCCCAUUUUCUCUCUCUCUCCCCCCCGGUUUCUCUCUAUCUCCCCAUUUCUCUCUCUCUCCCCGUUUCUCUCUCUCCCUUCCCCGUUUCUCUCUCUCUCCCUCUCCCCCUCAUCUCUCUCUCCCUCUUUUUCUCUCUCCAUCUCCCUCUCUCUCCCCCCCCCCCCCAUUCUCUUGAGAAGUUGUCCCUCAUUCUCCCCCCCUCCCCGUUCUCUCUCCCCUCCCCGUUUUCUCUCUCUCCCUCCCCGUUUCUCUCUCCCCCCUGUUUUUUUCUCUCUCCCCUCCCCCUCCCCGUUUUUCUCCCCUAUAAAUAG